AGCAGCAGCGGCGGCGAGAAAGCCGGUUUGCGGGGCGGCUCCUCAGGCUGGGUCUCUCCCGCUCCGCAGAGGGAAGGAGGGAGGAGGAUGGAGCAAGAGGAGAUCCUGAGGAAAUUCAUCCAGCGAGUCCGGGCCAUGAAGGACACCGUCCACAAUGGGGAGGACAACUUCGCUACCGACUUCAUGAGACUCAGGAGGCUGUCAACAAAAUAUAGAACAGAAAAGAUCUACCCAACAGUUACUGGAGAAAAAGAAGAAAAUGUAAAAAAGAACAGAUACAAAGAUAUACUGCCAUUUGACCACAGCAGAGUUAAACUGACUUUAAAAACUCCCCCGCAAGAUUCAGACUACAUCAAUGCAAAUUUUAUUAAGGGAGUACAUGGGCCAAAAGCAUAUGUUGCUACCCAGGGACCACUAGCAAAUACAGUAAUAGAUUUCUGGAGGAUGAUAUGGGAGUACAAUGUUGCGAUUAUUGUAAUGGCUUGUCGAGAGUUUGAAAUGGGAAGGAAAAAAUGUGAACGUUACUGGCCUCUCUAUGGGGAAGAAGGCAUUUCUUUUGGACCAUUUCAUAUAUCUUGUGAAGCUGAGCAAGUUAGAACAGACUACUAUAUAAGAACUCUGUUGCUGGAAUUUCAGGAUGAAACACGUCGGUUAUAUCAGUUUCAUUAUAUCAAUUGGCCUGACCAUGAUGUUCCUUCAUCUUUUGAUUCUAUUCUGGACAUGAUCAGUUUAAUGAGAGAAUACCAGGAGCACGAAGAUGUUCCUAUUUGUAUACACUGCAGUGCAGGGUGUGGAAGAACAGGAGCCAUCUGUGCCAUAGAUUAUACAUGGAAUUUGUUGAAAGCUGGGAAGAUACCAGAGGAGUUCAAUGUGUUUAGUUUAAUACAAGAAAUGAGGACGCAAAGACAUUCUGCGGUGCAGACUAAGGAACAGUAUGAACUCGUUCAUCGAGCCAUUGCACAGUUGUUUGAAAAGCAACUGCAAAAAUAUGAGAGUUGUGCAAACUGGAAAAUUGCAGAUGGACUGAAUGAAGUUAGCACGGAGAAUGUUGUCAGUUCUGGCGACCUCGAGAAACAGGAUUCUCCUCCACCAAAGCCACCUCGAACUCGCAGUUGCCUUGUAGAAGGAGAUGUUAAAGAAGAAAUUCUGCAGCCUCCAGAGCCUCAUCCAGUACCACCCAUUUUAACACCAUCACCUCCAUCAGCCUAUCCAACUGUCACAACUGUUUGGCAGGACAAUGAUAGAUACCAUCCAAAGCCUGUUUUACAUAUGGUUUCUUCAGAACAUCCAACAGACCUCAAUGAAAACUGCAAUAAAUCAGCAGAACAACAAGGGAAGAAUGAAGUCUCUGAAUGUGUAGAAAAAAAGCUGGAGCGCAACUUGAGUUUUGAAAUUAAAAAGGUCCCUCUUCAGGAGGGACCAAGGAGCUUUGAUGGAAACACUCUCUUGAAUCGGGGACAUGCAAUUAAAAUCAAAACUGGCUCAUCUUGUGUAAUGGAUAAAACCUCUAAACCACAAGAAGAGGGCUCAGGUGAUGCAUCAGCAGAUACCUUACAAAACUCUUGUAUAGAAUGCAGUGUGCAGCCACUUAAUAAAGCUGAAAUUACUUCUCUGGAAGGACGUCGGUGUCUGGCAGAUUCUGAUGCUUUGCAAAGACCAGACUGUUUGCCUCUCAAAGAGAAGGGACAUGCUAUGUGGUCAUUACAAGGGACUAAAGAUGCACAGCCAACAUCAACACCAGAGGAUACAUCUCCAGCUGUUUUAUGUCAUGGUGUUAAAGAUCUGUCUGUAGUACCAAACACACCAUCUCAAAUGGAUUCCCCUCCCAACGAAUCGGCAGAUCAUUGUCACAGUGGCAUGCUUUCAGUUAGAGCACCCCUUUGUUUUACAAAUCCUCUGCAUUCUGAUGAUUCGGAUACAGAUGAAAGAAACUCUGAUGGAUCCAUGACACAAAGUAUGUCUAAUGUUUCAACUGCAAGUGCCACAGUUUCUGCAGCUGCUAAUACAGAAAAUGUUUCUGCUAGAAAAGUAUUGCCAAUGUCUAUUGCAAGACAGGAAAAUCCAAGCAUAAUACAGUCUAGAGCUGAUAAAGAUGCAGGUGCUACUGAAGACUCUUCUCCUCCUUUACCAGAAAGAACUCCAGAAUCUCUUGUGCUUGCAAGUGAGCAGAUCACAACUUUGCCCAAAGCUAUUAACCUUCCACGAUCUGCUGAAUGGAGUUUGUUACAACAUCAGAAAACUUCUGAACAACCAAAAUGUACAGGAUUGAAAAUGGCUGGUCCUACACAGCUUGAUCAUCCUGAGAUGGGAGACAAAUCACAGAUUGAUAGUAUACCUCAGCUUCCUCUUUCUAAUCCUAUUGCUAAAAGAGGUUCAACAUCAGAAGUUCCAAUUGAGACUACAGAUAUUGGUUUUGGCAACCGCUGUGGAAAACCAAGAGGACCAAGAGAGCCACCUUCAGAAUGGACAUGAUGCAAGAACAAAUGGACACUUAUUAAAUUAUACUGGAAUAUUCAAGUGCCACUGAACUAGAUCAAUAGUAUUCUACUCUUUAUUUUUUGGGACUAGCAGUGUACAUACACUGGUACACUCUUGUAUACAUCCAGACAAACUUUAAACAUCACAACAGUGGAUUCUAGUAUUGCAAUCUAACUUUUUUCUGGGGCCAUCAAUCUGCCUUAUUACACUUAGGAGAAAGUAUUACAUAUGGUUUAUUUUGUUACUUCAAGUAUUAUUGCCUUAAAUGUCUUUUAACCCUGUUACACACUGUUUAUAGACAUGUUAAUAUGGUGAAACUUUUGACAAAUUGAGUUUAUGGACAACUUUUUUGCUAACGUUUGAUUACCAUGUAUACUUUAUUUUGUAUAUGUACAGGGCAAGCAGGUAUAUAAUUUGAUAAAGCUGCAAUCAUAAAGUAUUAACAGAAGAUGUAAGAAAUCUCUGCAUGACCUAAAUUUUUGUGAACCUUGUAAAUUAUUUGCCCUAAUGUUUUAGUAAAUAGUUGUUGUUGUUUUUUAAAAAAAUGUUGGGCACGCAUCCUGAAUUACAGGAUAGCAGAGAUGAAGAUUGUAAUACAUUUUGUAAAUUGUAAGCAAAAGGUUAUUUUUAUAUUAUAUACUGUUUAACUGUCA